AUGGGAGCGAAGGAGAGCAAGCCUCCUCUUUCUCGCAGGAGAACUCGCUCGUCCAGCGCAAAGGAGAAAGAGAAUGCUCCAGAGAGUAGUCAGCAAGUAGUAGACGAUCAUGGUGGGAGUCCAAGCAAAAAGCCAAAGCUUUCUCAAGAUGAUCAAGACAUGGCGCUGGCAAGAGCGGUGGAAGCCAUAUCUGAGGAGGAAAAUGCAGCAGCUCAAGUAGCCAGCGAUGGAUCCAUGGAGCAAGAAGCUUUAACAGCGGCAAAUUCUAGCCUGGAAGUUCUCGUCACACUUCCAAAUGCAAAGGUUUAUCUCAUGGAUCACGAUCAGGCUGGAUCGGAAAGUGUUCUUCUCGCGUCUGGAGAUCUUAGCGUCAUAAGGAUCGUCCAGAACGGUAAAGUGGUCGCAGCCAUCGUCAAGCUUGGAGACGAGCUCCAGUGGCCGCUGGCGAAGGACGCUCCAGUCUUGAAGCUCAGCGAGAGUCACUACAUUUUUAGCUUGAGACUGCCAGUAACUGUGGAGGAGGAUGAAGAUGAGGAUCAACCUUCCAGCGAAGGGAAAGAGGAGGUCUCGUUUAAGUCAAGCGCGGAAGUUCUCAACUAUGGUGUCACUCUCCCUGGAGAUGCGAGCCAGGAGCUUCUCAAGGAGCUGGAUUUGGCCCUCGAAAGCUAUAGCUCGCUGGUGCCAGUUCCAGCGCUCCUGAAAGAUCAAGACGAGGAGCUCGUGGAGAUGGUGCAAGAUGACGGUAAUCAAGGAAUCGCUGGAGUGAAGCUCACAACGAAGAAGAAGAACUACUACUUGGAGCAACUGGCUCCCAACGCCGAUGACUAUCAAAGCGCGAUCGCAAAGGCGAUUGCCAGUGGCUCGGGGCAUAUCGUGCGAGGAAUUCUCUGGGUGAGCGAACUAAUCGCGACGCAGAUCGAGCGCAGUGGAUUGUUGAUGCAGCAGCACAUCAAACCGAAAAAGAAGCCGUCAAAGAUCAGCCCCAAGACAAUGAAGAACAUCCGGACUGCCAAGCAAAUCUCAAGGAUGACUGAGACGCUCGCGAGUGGUCUUCUCUCUGGAGUUGUCACUGCCACUGAAUCGAUCACUUCCUCUGUGCUGAAAACUAAGCCAGGGGCUGCAUUGAUCGGGCUGUUGCGUGGAGAAGCCGCGAUUGCCACUUUGGAUGCCUUUGUGAAAGUUUUCGAUGCUUUGGAGCUGGCUGGGAAGAACGUCAUGUCGCGAACAACUCUAGUAACUUGCCAAGUCGUAUCACACAGAUACGGAGACGAGGCUGCCGCAUUGACAAAAGAGGGGCUUUCAACCGCAGGCCAUGUCGUCACUACUGCAUGGAAAAUCUCAAAAAUUAGAACAGCCAUGAAUCCAGUGAAGGCUUCCACAAAUCCAGUCUCACUCAAAGCCGCCGCCAUCGCCGCCGCUGAACAGCUCAAAGGCAAGAAGACCAUGUAACUCCCAGUUAAAUUCUAACCGUCCGAUGGAUGUUAACUUAACCCUAAUUUGAAA